GUUUGGCUAGUGGGCUUGUUUGGAAGAGAAGUUUUACUGCGUCUGUUGUCAUUUAUUUGCCGUUUUUUACUAAAAGCUAUCGUGACUCGAGCAAUAAUCACCAUUAUUCACCGAUUAUCAAAGCUGUGAUUAUAUCGCAACGAAAAACAUUUAAUAUGGCCAACAAAAUCGAAGAAGUGCGGACAUCGAUUGAAGCAUCGUUGAAGGAUGAUUCUAAGCCAUGGACAAAAGCAUUUAAAUUAGCAGAAGAGAAAUCCGGCGUACCGAGGAUGUACAUAUUUCUAGGUGGCGUUGCUAUUGUGGUUCUCUAUUUGGCAUUUGGAUAUGCAGCGCAAAUACUUUGUAAUGCGAUUGGCGUAGCUUACCCAGCGUAUGUCUCGAUGAAAGCAAUAGAGACACGAACCAAAGAAGAUGACACCAGAUGGCUGACGUAUUGGGUUAUCUACGGCGUGCUGUCAGUUAUUGAACAUUUCUCGUUCUUCUUGGUUCAGAUUAUUCCAUUCUACUGGCUACUAAAGUGCAUUUUCUUUGUUUGGUGCAUGGUGCCAAUUGAGAACAAUGGCUCUUCUGUUAUGUAUCACAGAGUGAUUCUGCCAUACUUCAAGAAAUACGAAAAAAGUGCGGACAAUUUGAUCGGACAAGCUGCCGACAAAAUUAAGCAGGUGGCCGGUGAUGUGAUCUCUAAAAAACUGUCUUAAACAAUCAUAUACUUUUAAACAGUCAAUACAACUUUUGCUUCAUGGGGCAUGUAAAUUGAAUAUUUUUUUUUACAUUAUUUAAAUUCGGGUUAAAUUAAAUUGCAUAAGGGUCACUUUAAAAUAGUACACUUUGUGGCACAAUUCAUACUUCCGCAUUUUACUUCCUAAUUUCUAAAUGUUUUCAAUCUUUCAAAAUAAGCACGAAGAAUAUUGUAUAAUGGUCUUAAAAGUAUAGGCUACCCACGUUGUAUAGACUUGUAAUUUUAAACGAAGCAAACAUAAAGGUAGUCGGUUCAAUAUUGUAAAUCAUAUUCACUGAACAUCAAUCAAUUCAUUUUUUUUGCUAGAAACGACGAAGCUAUCUUGCAAACGUUCAAAAAUUGAUUUACAAAUACAAUAAAAGACAAAUGGGACGAAUGUUUGAUAUUUUUGUUAACGAUUUCUGUGCUAAAUAAAAUGAAGAAAAUGCACCAAAUAGUUUAUUAAA